AUGGCGGAGCGCGGACAGCAGCCUCCUCCCGCGAAACGGCUCUGCUGCCGGCCGGGCGGCGGAGGCGGCGGCGGCGGCGGCGGCGGGGCCAGCAGCGGCGGCGGAGGAGCGGGUGGCGGUUACAGCUCUGCCUGUCGGCCGGGCCCGCGGGCGGGCGGCGCGGCGGCGGCGGCGUGCGGGGGCGGCGCAGCGCUGGGGUUGCUGCCGCCGGGCAAGACCCAGAGCCCCGAGUCGCUGCUGGACAUCGCGGCGCGCAAGGUGGCUGAGAAGUGGCCGUUCCAGCGCGUGGAGGAGCGCUUCGAGCGCAUCCCGGAGCCGGUGCAGCGCCGCAUCGUCUACUGGUCCUUCCCCCGCAGCGAGCGGGAGAUCUGCAUGUACUCGUCCUUCAACACCGGCGGCGGCGCCGCGGGCGGCCCCGGCGAAGACAGCAGCGGCCCCGGCGGCGCGGGCGGCGGCGCGGGCGGCGCAGGCGGCGGCGGCUCCUCGUCCUCGCCGGUCGCCACCUCGGCCGCCGCCGCCGCUGCCGCCGCCGCCGCCGCUGGGGCCGGGGCCCCGUCGGCGGGGGCCGCCGGGUCGGCGGACGGCGGAGACGAGACACGGCUGCCCUUCCGCCGGGGCAUCGCGCUGCUGGAGAGCGGCUGCGUCGACAACGUCCUGCAAGUCGGUUUCCACUUGAGUGGCACAGUGACAGAACCUGCAAUACAAUCGGAGCCAGAAACUGUUUGCAACGUGGCCAUCAGCUUUGAUCGUUGCAAGAUUACCUCAGUGACCUGCAGCUGUGGAAACAAGGACAUAUUUUAUUGUGCCCAUGUUGUGGCACUGUCUUUAUACCGCAUCCGCAAGCCAGAUCAGGUCAAAUUGCAUCUUCCCAUUUCAGAGACUCUCUUUCAAAUGAAUAGAGACCAACUACAAAAGUUUGUACAGUAUUUGAUCACAGUGCACCACACAGAAGUUUUGCCAACUGCUCAAAAAUUGGCAGAUGAAAUUCUUUCCCAGAAUUCAGAAAUCAACCAAGUUCAUGGUGCUCCUGAUCCAACAGCAGGUGCUAGUAUAGAUGAUGAAAACUGCUGGCACUUAGAUGAAGAGCAGGUUCAAGAACAGGUUAAACUGUUCCUUUCCCAGGGCGGGUACCACGGAUCAGGGAAGCAGCUUAAUUUGCUCUUUGCAAAGGUGCGGGAGAUGUUGAAGAUGAGGGACUCAAACGGGGCCCGAAUGUUGACUUUGAUAACAGAGCAGUUCAUGGCCGACCCUCGUCUGUCACUUUGGAGGCAACAAGGCACCGCAAUGACUGACAAAUAUAGGCAGCUCUGGGAUGAGCUGGGUGCUCUGUGGAUGUGUAUAGUUUUAAAUCCCCACUGCAAGUUGGAGCAGAAGGCCAGCUGGCUAAAACAGUUGAAAAAGUGGAAUGGUGUUGAUGUCUGUCCAUGGGAAGAUGGAAAUCAUGGCAGUGAAUUACCUAACUUAACCAAUGCUCUGCCUCAGGGUGCGAAUGCUAACCAAGAUUCAUCGAACAGGCCACAUCGGACAGUGUUCACCCGAGCCAUCGAGGCGUGCGAUCUCCACUGGCAGGAUAGCCACUUGCAGCACAUUAUCAGCAGUGACCUGUACACCAACUACUGUUACCAUGACGACGCUGAAAACUCCCUCUUUGACUCCCGCGGGUGGCCCCUCUGGCAUGAACAUGUUCCUACAGCCUGUGCACGAGUGGACGCAUUACGUUCUCAUGGGUACCCCAGAGAAGCACUGAGACUAGCAAUAGCUAUUGUUAACACGUUAAGACGGCAGCAACAGAAACAGCUGGAAAUGUUCCGAACUCAAAAAAAAGAGCUACCCCAUAAAAGCAUAACCUCAAUAACCAAUCUGGAGGGCUGGGUUGGACACCCCCUGGACCCCGUGGGCACUCUUUUCAGCAGCCUUAUGGAAGCCUGCCGCACUGAUGAUGAAAGCUUCCCUGUGUUCUCAGAUUUUACAGAGAAUAUGGGACAAUGCAAGUCUCUGGAAUACCAGCAUCUACCUGCACACAAAUUCUUAGAAGAAGGGGAAUCCUAUUUAACGCUAGCUGUGGAAGUAGCCCUAAUAGGGCUGGGACAGCAGCGUAUUAUGCCUGAUGGGCUGUAUACCCAAGAGAAGGUUUGCCGGAAUGAGGAGCAGCUCAUUUCCAAGCUUCAGGAAAUUGAAUUGGAUGACACACUGGUGAAAAUUUUUCGCAAGCAAGCAGUCUUCCUAUUAGAAGCCGGACCAUAUAGUGGUUUAGGCGAAAUAAUCCAUCGGGAGAGCGUUCCAAUGCACACAUUUGCCAAGUAUCUCUUCACCUCUCUCCUACCUCAUGAUGCUGAAUUGGCAUACAAAAUUGCACUGAGAGCAAUGCGGUUGCUAGUGUUGGAAUCCACUGCUCCAGCGGGAGACCUCACCCGUCCACACCACAUGGCAUCCGUUGUUCCCAACCGGUACCCUCGUUGGUUCACUCUAAGCCACAUAGAAUCCCAGCAGUGCGAGCUGGCAUCCACUAUGCUCACUGCAGCCAAAGGCGACGUUCGGAGGCUGGAAACAGUAUUAGAAUCCAUCCAGAAAAACAUUCACUCCUCAUCCCACAUCUUCAAGCUUGCCCAAGACGCAUUUAAAAUAGCAACUCUCAUGGACAGUUUGCCAGACAUCACUCUUUUGAAGGUGUCUCUGGAGCUGGGCCUGCAGGUUAUGCGGAUGACACUGUCAACCUUAAACUGGCGGCGGCGGGAGAUGGUGAGGUGGCUGGUAACAUGUGCUACUGAAGUGGGUGUUUACGCCCUGGACAGCAUCAUGCAGAGCUGGUUUACGCUUUUUACUCCCACUGAAGCCACAAGUAUUGUUGCAACCACCGUGAUGUCCAACAGCACCAUCGUCCGCCUCCACCUGGACUGCCACCAGCAGGAAAAGCUGGCCAGCAGCGCCCGGACACUCGCAUUGCAGUGCGCUAUGAAGGACCCUCAGAACUGUGCCCUCUCCGCGCUGACCCUGUGUGAAAAGGAUCACAUAGCUUUUGAGACGGCGUACCAAAUUGUUCUCGACGCUGCUACAACUGGCAUGAGCUACACCCAGCUCUUUACAAUAGCACGGUACAUGGAGCACCGUGGGUACCCCAUGAGGGCCUACAAGCUGGCCACCCUGGCCAUGACCCAUCUUAACCUGAGCUACAAUCAGGACACGCACCCAGCCAUUAAUGACGUUUUGUGGGCCUGUGCGCUUAGCCACUCCCUUGGUAAAAAUGAGCUUGCAGCUAUAAUACCUCUGGUGGUCAAGAGUGUCAAGUGUGCAACGGUACUGUCAGACAUUUUGCGCAGAUGCACUCUGACCACUCCUGGCAUGGUGGGACUUCACGGAAGGAGGAACUCUGGUAAGCUCAUGUCACUGGACAAAGCCCCCUUGAGGCAACUCUUGGAUGCCACAAUUGGGGCCUACAUCAACACGACACACUCACGGCUCACACACAUCAGUCCUCGGCACUAUAGUGAGUUCAUAGAGUUCCUCAGCAAGGCCCGAGAGACCUUCUUAAUGGCGCAUGAUGGACACAUUCAGUUUACACAGUUUAUCGACAACCUGAAACAAAUCUACAAAGGCAAAAAGAAACUGAUGAUGUUGGUUCGGGAGAGGUUUGGUUGAUUGAUAGAACUUGUAUGAAUGGGGG